AUGGCGGAUGCGCUUGGAGCUCUGUUGGAGGCAAGCUUGGACCCUCGACGGAACAAGGAAGCCGAGCAGGCCCUUCGUCAGGAAGAACAGAAGCCGAACUUUUCGCUACAACUCCUCCAGAUCACCGCCUCCGCUUCCCAUCCCUACAAUAUUCGUCUUGCCAGCGCCCUUUGCUUCAAGAAUUUUAUCAAGCGCGAGUGGAUCAAUGAAGAUGGAAACUACAAGCUUCCAGAGGCUGAGGUUACGACCAUCAAGCGUGAGCUGAUCACUUUGAUGAUUUCCGUGCCUUCGGGAAUCCAGUCUCAGCUUGGUGAGGCCGUCAGUGUGAUCGCGGACAGUGAUUUCUGGGAGAGAUGGGAUACCCUUGUGGAUGACCUCGUUUCCAAGUUGUCUCCCACCGACCCUACCGUCAACAUUGGUGUUUUGCAGGUUGCACACUCCAUCUUCAAGCGGUGGCGCCCACUUUUCCAGUCCAACGAGUUGUAUGUGGAGAUCAACCAUGUUCUGGAGAAGUUCGGCACACCGUUCCUCUCUCUCCUCGAGUCCAUCGAUAACUACAUUGAACAGAAUAAGACUAACAAGGAGAACCUGACACAAGCUUUUGCCCAACUCAACUUGAUGGUCAAGCUCUUCUACGAUCUAUCCUGCCAUGACCUUCCUCCCAUGUUCGAAGACAAUAUUUCCGGCAUCGCGACGAUUUUGCUCAAGUACCUUACAUAUGACAACCAACUGCUGCACACAGAUGACGAUACGGAGGCUGGCCUGUUGGAAUACGUGCGUGCGGGUAUCUUUGAGGUCCUGACCUUGUAUGUCCAGAAAUUCUUGGAUGCCUUCGGCCCUCACGUUGGGCAGUUCAUCCAGAGCUCGUGGGGCUUCUUGACCACGAUCGGCCAAGAUACCAAGUACGACAUUCUUGUUAGCAGAGCUUUGCAUUUCUUGACCUCGGUUGCCAGCAUGCCCGAGCAUGCUGCUUCAUUCCAGGCCGAGGAAACGCUGAGCCAGAUUAUCGAGAAGGUUAUUUUGCCCAACGUUAGCCUGCGGGAGUCCGACGAGGAGCUCUUCGAGGAUGAGCCGAUCGAAUUCAUCCGACGGGACUUGGAGGGAUCUGACAGUGAGACUAGACGCCGAGCUGCAACUGACUUCCUGCGCCGUCUGGCCGAGAAGUUCGAGGAGUCUGUGACCAAGGUCGUUCUCAAGUACUCCGAGCACUACCUGGCUGAGUACGCCAAGGACCCUGCGUCGAACUGGAAGGCUAAGGAUACCGCGACCUACCUCUUCUCUGCUAUCGCAGCCAAGGGCGUGGCAACCUCCAGUCACGGUGUCACCGCAACCAACAGCCUCGUCAGCAUCACUGAUUUCUUCCAGCAACACCUUGCUGCAGACCUGAUUGCCGAUGAUGGAAUUCACCCCAUUCUCAAGGUUGAUGCCAUCAAGUAUCUAUACACCUUCCGCAGCAUCAUCACAAAGGAGCAGUGGCAAGGUGUGCUUCCUGUGCUUGUCAAGCACUUGGCCUCCUCCAACUAUGUGGUCUACACCUAUGCUGCCAUUGCGGUGGAGCGGGCUCUCUUCCUCAGCGAUGGCCAAGGCCAACCAAUCAUCCCUCCCACUGAGAUCACACCUUUGGCCAAGGACCUUCUCGAGCACAUUUUCACAUUGAUUCAGAAGGACCCUGCUCCUGAGAAGGUGCAAGAGAACGAGUUCCUGAUGCGAUGCGUGAUGCGUGUUUUGGUUGUCAUCCGCGAAGGCGUGGUUUCUUUCACCGAUGUUGUGCUGCAACGCUUCAUUACUAUCACUCAGAUCAUCAGCGGAAACCCCAGUAACCCCCGGUUCUACUACUACUUCUUUGAGGCCAUGGGUGCAUUCAUCCGGAAUGCCGCUCCCGCCGACCCCGCUAAGCUUGAGCAGGCCUUCUAUGCUCCUUUCGCCGGCAUUCUACAGGGCGAUGUGCAAGAGUUCAUGCCCUACGUCUUCCAGCUCUUCGCCGCGCUCCUGGAGGCUAACUCCUCCGCCACACUCCCCUCUUACUACCAAGAACUGAUUGGGCCCAUCCUGAUGCCCGUCAUGUGGGAUUCGAAGGGAAACAUUCCUGCGCUUGUUCGCCUUCUGGGUUCCAUCAUUCCCCGUGGCUCUGAAUAUAUUGCCCAGCAAAACCAAAUUGAGCCCAUUCUAGGUAUCUUCCAGAAGCUGGUCUCUACUAAGGCCAACGAGGGUUAUGCUUUCGAUCUUCUGGAGACAGUUGUUGCAAGCUUCCCACCAACCGCCUUGCAACAGUACUUCGUCUCCAUCAUGCAGAUUAUCAUGCAGCGUCUGCAAAACUCCAAGACCGAGACUCUCUCCAUUCGCUUCGUCCGCUUCUACCACUUCGUGACUGCCCAUGAUGACAAGGGCUAUAACCCCGACUUUAUCAUGCAGGUCACCGAGCAGGUGCAGCCGGGUCUCUUCACCCCCGUAUAUCUCAACGUGAUUCUUCAGGAUACUCAGAAGCUGGCCCGGCCCUUGGACCGCAAGACAGCCGUGCUCUCCCUCACCAAAAUCGUUGCCGAUUCGGAAGCCUUCGCCACAAAGUACUCGCAGAAGGGCUGGGGCUUCACCGUCAACACACUGCUGAAGCUCCUCGAACUUCCCCCCGACGUCACUCACAAGGACGAUGUCAACGCCGAGGUAGACAUUGAUCAGAUGUCUUUCGGUGUUGGGUUCACUCCCCUGAACACCAUCCGCACCUCGCCCAAGGACCCCUGGCCCCAGACCGGUGCAGACCUCAAGGCUUGGGUCGGUACUUACCUGAAGGAGGCGGAUAAGAAGCACAAUGGACGCGUUUCGCAGAUGGCCGGCUCCCGUCUGGAUGACCAGGCCAAGACUGUUCUGGGAAGCUACAUUUCCUAA